AUGGGGAAGGACCUUGAAAAGUCUUUAAGAGAAUUACAGGCAAACCAUGUGGAAACUGUGCAGGAACUUGAGAAAACUAGAAACAUGCUGAUAAUGCAGCAUAAAAUCAACAAAGAUUACCAGGAUGAAGUGGAGGCUGUUACACAGAAGAUGGAGGGUGUGCGUCGUGAUUAUGAAAUAAAGUUGGAGCAAUAUGCCCACUUGCUUGAUGUCAGGGCAGCUCGUAUUCGCAAACUUGAAGCCCAGUUAAAAGACAUUGCAUAUGGCACAAAGCAGUUCAAAUUCACACCAGAAAUAACUAAAGAAGAUGAUGUGGAAGAAUUUGAUGAAUCUGUACAUCUAGAAAGGGGCUACAAUCUUCUUGAGAUCCACAUAUCCAAGGUAGCGUUCUCUCCAGUUGUUGUCAACAUCUUCGGAGAUCAGGAACCUGCCACCUUCUGCACAUAUGCUUUCUACGACUUUGAGCUUCAAACUACACCCAUUAUGCGUGGCUUACAGCCAUCAUAUGAGUUCACUUCUCAGUAUGUAGUACAAGUAGAUGAAUUUUUCCUACAGUAUAUACAAAAGAAUACUGUAAGACUGGAAGUUCAUUUGGCAAUUGGCACCGAUUUUAAAACAAUAGCUGUGUGUCAGCUAAAGUUGCAGGACAUUCUUGAAAAAAACGGACAAAUCUUUUCUAGUUCUACAUUGAUUGGGAUUGACAAUGACAUCAGUAAUUAUGGCACAUUAGAAUAUUGGUGCAAGCUCAAAGUGCCUAUGGAGCAAGCUAUUCGACUUUACAAAGAGCGAGCAAAGGCUUUGGGUUAUAUUUCCUCAAACCUAAGGGAUCCAUAUCAGCCAGUAGGCAUUGACAAGGGCAAAAACAUUGGUUUAACAGAAGAUAAUCUGAACGUGCUGUUCAUCACCAUAAAUGGCUGCAGCAAUAUGAAGUCUGGAACUAGUACAAGUCAGCCCAGUCCUUAUGUGGCCUACACCUUUUUUCACUUUCCUGACCACUAUACUAACACCAUAGCAAGCAGCAAUAAUCCGCAAUUUGAAGACCUCAAGUGCUUUCCCUUAUCCAUGAAUGCUGACCUUGACAAAUACCUGAAAUCUCAAUCUCUUGUUCUGUAUGUUUUUGAUGACAGAGAAAUGGGUGAUACUUAUACUUGUAAAGCCAUGGUGCCUUUAAUCCCUCUUGCUCAUGAUAAAUGCAUUUCAGGAACAUUUCAACUCACUGAUCUCCAAGGCAAUGAAAGGGGUACUAUUAAGGUCACCUUAAAGUGGAAGUCCACAUAUUUGCCCCCAGGAGACUCUAUUUUAACAGAACGAUUGAAGGAUGAACUACAGAAAGAAACACCACUGCCUGGCAGUUUACUCAAAGACCCUGUCCCUGUUAUGUCUAUGCCAAAGCCUGUGGUACGAAAACCAAAAGUCUCCUUUAUUGAUGUCAAUACAGAAAGUUUAGAAAACGAUAAACCUGCAACAGAGGAAAGUCCGAAAAAAGCAUUGAAGGACCAUCCAAACAACAAUGAAGAAAGCUCACAACUUUCAGAUGGGCAAUAUGAACUCCAAAGUUAUGACACAUCAGGCGAUGAAACAGAAGUAUCUGAAAAUUUGGAAGCAGAAGAUCAUGAUGGAAAACAAACAACUCAUGGAAAUGAAUCUACAGCAUCUGACAGUGAUGACUGCAUCAUACCUGAAGAUAAAGGGAUGAAACCAGUAAGUACAAUGUUAUCAUUUUACUUUAUGGUUAGUAGUUUAUUGGGCAUUGUAGUAGAAUGUAUUUUGCAGAACAUAUUAUGUACUGUAUAUAUU